UCGUAUCAUGCAGCGGCAGUAAUUGAGCAUGCUAUAAUAGCCACUCCGCAGCCCAGUACUGGGCGCAACUCAUGCGCAGUUUCAUUGUGCUCGGGGUCCACGUCCCUUGGUAAUGUUAAAUGAACAGCUGACUCUUGAAUGCACCGCUGUCAAAAUCAUGAUACUGCAGAGCAAAGAAGAACCGCAGCUACAUACCGCUAAUCAUGACCCUCCGCCAUACAGUGGUUUCGAAACUUUCGAGUCAGGUUCUGUUGACACGAUAGGGCUCGCCGAUCAUGAUGCUCCCAUAAUGAAGGCCAUUCGGCUGGAAAGGCGCCAUGAGUCGAUAUCCGGAAAGUACAUCAUUGACCCUGAUGAGUCAAGAGAUGAGCCAUCCGUUCUACAAGGCUUUGCAGCCAGGCACAGUGACCUAGUAGGACUAAGGAAUGCAGCCGGAUUUCACUCUGCAGCGCCGCAUGCCGUCUUUCGCAAUCGGUUCGGAUCCAUCUUUCUGAAUCUAGCAACCAAAGGAUCGUCAGAACAAUGCCAUCGGACAAUAGUUGACGUUUCGACCCGCCAUGGGGAUAUUGCCGUUAACUUGAGUUCUGUACAUCCUGGUAAACGCAUCACGCUAAAGGUAACUUCCCGAAGAGGCAAGAUGGUAAUACUGCUUCCGCCAACUUUUUGCGGGGACGUGCAGAUACACGGUAGCAAAUUGGGUGGUUAUGACAUUCUUCCAGGACUGUCCAGCAGCAUCCGCAGCAUGAGCGGGGAGAAGAGAAGCACCUUGUUACUCAUCGGUGACAAUGACAAUACUUCAAACACUGAAAGGAGUAAAUCCAUGGAUCACUGUUUUCUCUCCUCGCGCCACGGAAGGAUUGUCCUAGGUUUGAGCGGGCAAGACAGCAUGCCUACACCAGGAGAGGAUAACAUUUGGAGAAAAAUGGGUUCCUUUUUCCGCGGUGGUGAAAGUUCUUGAGAUUGUGUAGAUACACACUAAGUAUCAGAUGAACGUGAGCAAUCAUACGCGUAGACUUACCUAACUCCGAUGCUACCGGAGUAUGGAUCUCACUCUAUUCCGCGUUCGAUAUGCACCAACUGUCAAGCGCCGAAUAGUUGAUAAACUCAUGUUACCAAGGACCCCAUUUAGUGACCCCCCACCCCACUCUUCGCUACCACUUUAUCGCUAUCCAUCUGAUGUCCUUAGACGCCUCUGAUGUCAAUCACCAUAGCGGCGGGUGCCUCUCUCUAAGACGCUUGUUCAAGCUUAAACCUCAACGCAUACCUAAGAGUUUCACCACACAGACGAACUCAUCCCAUAUAUGUGAUCAGACGCGAAAGGCAUCUAAUUCAGACAGGGACGCUGAUAUCACUGAU